AUGGGUAGUGUUCAAAUUUUUAAUUGCAGGUUGGAAGAUUUAUAUGAAAAAAUUGUUGUAGAAACGAGAGGUGAUCGUGUAACUCCGUUGUCAACCAAUCCUGGUCGCAUAAUGUUAACCUCAUCUCGUCUUUAUUUUCAACCAUUUAACAAUAUUGAUAAGGUUGUAAAAAUCAGAUUAAAAGACAUAACAGGAGUUUUAAGAAGAAGAUUUCUACUUAGACAACUGGGUUUAGAGAUUCAUUGUAAUGAUAAAGCUCAGUUAUCUCACAUUUAUCUAUCAUUUGAAACAGAAAAAGAUAGAAAUGAAUUAUAUGAGAGAAUGUUGCAACUUCCAGACGUUCAUUAUGAAGAUUGUGGUCAAGAAGAUAUGACAUUACGAUGGCAAAGUGGACAAAUUUCCAACUAUGACUAUUUACUUUAUCUCAAUAGUAUGGCCGAUAGAAGUUUUAAUGAUUUAACCCAGUAUCCUGUGAUGCCUUGGGUCGUGUCUGAUUAUACCAGUUCAUCACUAGAUUUAGAAAAUCCAUGCACAUUUCGAGAUUUAUCAAAACCAAUUGGUGCGUUGAAUGCUGAUAGAUUAGAAAGUAUUUUGGAACGGUAUGCAGAUAUGCCAGAGCCGAAAUUUAUGUAUGGUUCUCAUUAUUCCACUCCUGGUUAUAUUCUUUUUUAUUUGGCUAGAAAGGGUAUGUUCUUUGUUAAAUAUUGUUCACUUUCACGGGUUCAAAAAGCAUCAAUCUAA